GAGUGUGUGUGUUUUGUUAAUGGGGAAGCCUCUCCGCGCAGCUCUUCCCAGCCGCUCUUUCUUGCCUUGAGGCUCACCCAACCCACCCCUGCGCUACGAGCUGAGUUGAUGCAGCCCGCUGCAUUGUGUAAGACGCGACCUGUUAUGGCCACCACUACUUCCGGGUUCCAGCAUUCUGGUCCAAAUCCACCUCUCCGCCUGUGUGCAACACACACUUUACACACGCGCAGGGGACUUGCAGCAGGCAGCAUCGAUCGUGGCUCCUUUAAGGCAAACUCAGACAGCCUUUUUUUUCUUUUUUCUUUUUUUUUAACCUUCUUCCUCUAGGCUUCUCCAAUUGCUCGGAGGGAAGAGAGAAAAUCUGAUUAGGAAUUAGGACUGAAUCAAGCGAGGGAGAAAGAGAAAGGGGGAGAGGAGGAGGAGGAGGAGGAGGAGGAAGAGGAGGAGAAGGAGGAGGAAAAAAAAGGAAGAAAGGAAGCUUUUAGACCUCUUAUGCUUUUGAUGUUAACAUUUGAGGUGUCCUGACCAGUUGGAAGCACACACAGCGGAGUCUCAUCAUUCAUUCACCACCUUGACAAGCUCGCCUUUGAUUGACAGCUGGAGUGGCAAAAAGUCAUGCGAGUUGGUAGUUGGGUUUGAGAGGCACUUUUUUUUUUUUUUUGGAAAAAAAAAACAGAUUUGGGGGUAAGGAUAUUUCCUUUCUCCCCAUCGCUGUCUUGGAAACCAGAAGGGAAAAGUGUGAGAGACGCAAGGAGGGAAAGAAAGGAAGAAAAGGAGAAAGGAGAAGAGCGAGCGAGAGCGCGUUUCUCUCCCCCUCUCCGCUUUUUUUUUUUUUUUUAAUGCUGAAUGCUCGUGCCGCUUCCCUGAGAUCCAUCUGGCUGAAGACUCCCCUGAUCGGCUGCUCAAGCGACUGGCGACUUUAAAGGAUUCUCCUUUAUUCCUUUUAUUUUGGGGGUGGGUGGGUGGGAGGGAGGGGGAGCGCGUUUUGUUUCUUUUUUUCACACUGGCCCUAAAGAGGAUAUAUUAGAAGUUGAAAAGGAAGGGUGAGAAGCAGGCCGAUGGCGCAAAGGUACGACGAUUUACCCCAUUACGGUGGGAUGGAUGGAGUGGGGAUUCCGAGCACCAUGUAUGGGGACCCCCACGCCGCCAGAUCUAUGCAGCCUGUCCACCACCUCAACCAUGGUCCUCCGCUUCACUCCCAUCAAUACCCGCACACAGCUCAUACAAACGCCAUGCCCUCCAGCAUGGGUUCCUCUGUCAAUGACGCUUUAAAGAGAGAUAAAGAUGCAAUUUAUGGACAUCCCCUCUUCCCACUCUUAGCACUGAUUUUUGAGAAAUGUGAACUAGCGACGUGCACGCCCCGGGAGCCCGGGGUAGCGGGAGGAGACGUUUGCUCUUCUGAAUCUUUCAACGAAGAUAUAGCCGUGUUCGCGAAACAGAUACGAGCAGAAAAACCCUUAUUUUCUUCUAACCCCGAACUGGAUAACUUGAUGAUCCAAGCCAUACAAGUAUUAAGGUUUCAUCUGUUGGAAUUAGAGAAGGUACACGAAUUGUGUGACAAUUUCUGCCACCGGUACAUUAGCUGUUUGAAAGGGAAAAUGCCAAUCGAUUUGGUGAUAGACGAUAGAGAAGGCGGAUCAAAAUCAGACAGCGAAGACAUAACGAGAUCAGCAAAUCUAACAGAUCAGCAGCCUUCUUGGAAUAGAGACCAUGAUGACACAGCAUCCACACGGUCAGGAGGAACGCCAGGGCCCUCCAGUGGGGGCCACACAUCACACAGUGGGGACAACAGCAGUGAACAAGGUGACGGCUUGGACAACAGUGUAGCUUCUCCCAGCACAGGUGAUGAUGAUGAUCCAGAUAAGGACAAAAAGCGACAUAAAAAGCGCGGCAUCUUUCCCAAAGUAGCCACAAAUAUCAUGAGGGCAUGGCUGUUCCAGCAUCUAACACACCCUUACCCUUCAGAAGAACAGAAAAAGCAGUUGGCACAAGACACAGGGCUGACAAUACUUCAAGUGAACAAUUGGUUUAUUAAUGCUAGAAGAAGGAUAGUUCAGCCCAUGAUAGACCAGUCCAACCGAGCAGGCAAGUUUUCAUGUGCCAUGAUCUAUUUCGAAGUUAGUGGAUUUGGAUUGCCGUAUUUCAAUCAAUCCAAGCUGAUAUUCACAAGUUUCUCUUUUUUUUCCCCCUCAGGGCUGCAAAGUAUGCCAGGGGAUUAUGUGUCUCGGGGUGGUCCAAUGGGCAUGACAAUGGGACAAGUUAUACACCACCCCAGAUGCCCCCCCAUCCAGCACAGUGGGACAAGUUAUACACCACCCCAGAUGCCCCCCCAUCCAGCAGAGUUGCAUCACGGCCCCCCCAUGCAUCCUUACCUUUCGGGACACCCCCACCACACAGCAAUGAUGAUGCAUGGUGGACCACCCCACUCUGGAAUGCCGAUGUCAGCGACUAGCCCCACCAUGCUCAAUACAGGAGAUCCAGCAAUGAGUGGACAAGUGAUGGACAUUCAUGCUCAGUAGCUUAAAGGAAUAUACUUUUAUUUUCAUGAAUGGCAAAUUUGAAAUAUUGUCGUUCUACAAUGACUUAAUGGAGUUCCAUUCUUGGCAUCUAAUUUGGACCAAGGAACAAUCCGAUUGUCUUUAUAGGGACCCUGAAAAGCAGGAAAAACACACCAACUGAAGAAGCCAACUUCUGGGGACAAGAAAAAUAACUAUAUAAGGCAACAAGAGUUGAAUAUUGUAAAAUGCUAUUAUUCUGUUAUCCAUAUUACGUUCUUUCUUAUAGAUUUUUUAAGAAAAAAAAUGUGAAUUUUUUUCCACACUAUGUGUGUUGUUUCCAUAACUCUUCACUUCCUGCAGAAGCCUCCUUACAUUAAAAAAAAGCCUUACAGUUAUCCUGCAAAUGACAAAAAAAAGAUUUAUUUGCAGGAGUUUUAGAGCAUUAAAAUAUCUAUGUCAGGCAGAAGAACAUUUCUUCUAUCCUAGGAUUUCAGCCAUGCACUCUGUAUUUCUGGUUUUUUUUUCUCUCUCUCUAUUUCUCUCUCCCCCCUUCUCUUCCCCACCCUCCCUGCCUGGGGCGUGAAUUUGCAUGUCUAUUUCAUUUACUUACCAUAUUUGAAUUGGCCUGAACAGAUGUAAAUCGGGAAGGAUGGGAAAAAGUGCAGUCCUCAACGAUGAUUAAUCAGCUGUUGCAGGCAAUGUCUUAAGGAGACUGGUAGGAGGAGGCAUGGAAACCAAGAGAAAAGUGUGUUUGACCUUAAUUGUCACUUCAGAGCAUCAUUAUCCCCAUGAAGCAGCAGCAGCAGCAGCAGCAGCAACCACCUACAUCACUUCCUGUUUUAUGCCUCUCAAACCAUGAACUGAAGAGUUAUUUUUACUAAGUUGACUUUAUUUUUUUCAGCAAAGCAUCAGUCGUGCAUUUUUCCAUAGUCCCAUCAUGGAGCAUAUAUGUAUACAUUGUAAAUAAAUUUUGUGCAAAAAGGACUGGAAAAAUGAACUGUAUUAUUGCUUUUUUCCCCUCUUUUCUUUCUUUCUUGUUUCUUUCCUUUCCUUUCCUUCUUUCUUUUUGUAAAAGUAGCAGUUUGGUAUGAGUUGGCAUGCAUACAGAUUUACUAAGUGGGAUAAGCUAAUUAUACUUUUGUUGUGGUUAAACAAAUGCUUGUUGAUAGCCUUUUUUCUAUCAAGAAACCAAGGAGCUAAUUAUUAUUAAUAAUCAUUGCACAUUAAGUCUUAGAGUUUCUGACUGAAACUGUUUGGAUUGUACAAUAACUCAAAGCCCAGCUGUAGUAGUUCAAGUGCAGUAAUGAAACUGAAUCUAAAA